AUGAAAUUCAACAAUGAAAUUGUCAAAUUACAUGAUGAACUUCUUAAUCAAAUAGAAAAAUUAGAAAACUCGAAUUAUUCAUCGGUGGAUCUUUUUAAUCAAAUUGAAGAAUGGAAGAAAACAGCAAUCAACAAAGUAGAAGAAACAGCAGAAAAAGCUCGUCAUAAACUUAUUGAAUUAAUCGAAAAACAAAGAAUAAUCACAAAACAAGAGCUUGAACCAAUUACAAAAGAAAUUCGUCGUCGUCAAGAAGAAAAUUUUCCUGAAUAUGAUAUUGAUCAUCUCCAACAAAAGCUCAAUGAGGUACAACAAAAAUUCGAACAUUUUUUUCAAAAAGAUAUAUCAAAAUCAAUCAUUAUUCAUAAAAACAAUCAAAUUGAUUGGAAUAAAUUCAUCUAUAUCCAUGAAGAACGACAAAAAUGUGAGUAUUUUGAAACAAACAGUCUUCAAGAAAACUAA